AUGUCCGAGAACGCAGACCUGGAAAUCAAAGCCGGCUGGGUCCUUCCCGUUCACCCGGACCCAACUGUCUCCCUCGAAAACCAUUCUAUCCUCAUCAAGGAUGAAAAAAUCCUCGACAUUCUCCCUACCGCGGCCGCCGCUGACAAGUAUUCCCCCGCCACUGUUAUCGACCGUACGUCCAGCAUUGUCAUGCCCGGCUUAAUCAACGCCCAUACCCACACCGGCAUGACCCUCAUGCGCGGCCGCGCAGACGACCUCCCGCUUCUCAAGUGGCUGCAUGACGUCGUCUGGCCCAUAGAGGGCGCCUUCGCCUCGAAAGAAGAGUUCUGCGAGGAUGGCGCCAUGCUCGCCGCAGCGGAAAUGAUCCGUGGCGGCAUCACCUGCUUCUCCGACAUGUACUGGUACCCCGCCGCCGCAGCUCGAGUCACCGUGCGCACGGGCAUGAGAGCCGUCAUCGGCAUGGUCUUGAUCGAGUAUCCCUCUGCGUAUGCAAAGGGCGUUGAUGAAUACAUUGCAAAGGGGCACGACAUUAUGCAGCAGUUCCAGGGCGAGGACAGGAUCACGUUUUCGUAUGCUCCGCAUGCGCCGUACACUGUCGCUACAGAGACGUGGAAGAAGCUUGGGGAACUGUCGCAGAAGAACGGGGUGUUUAUUCAUACCCACUUGCAUGAGACGAGAGAAGAAUGCAGCGCGAGUUGCGUGCUCGACCGCAGUCAUCCGGCAUGCCACUUGAGCGAGAAUGAGUGCCAUCCCGUGGAGGAUUUUAGACGCAUGGGGUUGUUGUCGUCCAAGUUGGUGGCCGCGCAUAUGGUGCACAUGACGGACGAGGAGAUUCAACUUUGUGCGGAGAAAGGGGUGAAUAUCGCACAUUGCCCGUCGUCUAACUCGAAGCUCGCGUCGGGGUUUUGUCCGGUGCACAAAUUUUUGAAAGCGGGGAUUAACGUGGCCUUGGGGACCGACUCGGCGUGCAGCAAUAAUUCCCUAAGUUUGCUUGAGGAAAUGAAGCUGACAGCGCUCAACACCAAGAACUUGGCUGGGGAUGCGACUGCGCUGCCAGCAUACACGGCGAUUCAGAUGGCGACAUUCAAUGGGGCGAAAGCUUUUGGUCUAGAGGAUGUCACCGGGAGUCUCGAAGUUGGAAAGGCGGCGGACAUCAUCAGCAUUGAUGUCCACACGCAUGCGGGAAAUUCACCAAUGUUCGAUGCGCACUCUGCGGUUGUUUACGCCGCUGCUCGCGAAGAUGUCAACGACGUGAUGGUGAACGGCAAGUUUCUACUCAAGGAAGGAACGCAUUGUACUGUAGAUAUCGGGGAUACGCUGAAACGGAUGAGUCACUGGCGCUCUAAGAUAAUGGAAGAAUUUCCCCAAAAGUAA